UGUCAUGCCCACAAGGUAGACACGUCAUCGAUUGACAUCUUGAGAGGGAAAGGGAAUGGGUUGGCUUGACAGCCACUCAAGUCGACAUCAUCAUCCAUACCUCAUCAUGGGCACUGCCACAACACCUUCUACCAUCCUCUAUAAUCAUUCAACCCACUGGCAUCACCAUUACCUGCAGGAGGAAUCUCACCAGCAGUGUCUCACCCUGAGAGCCCUCCUCAGACUGAGCGAGCGAGACGCCCGACCUCUUCUUCCGCCUUAGCCGUACGACACCCACACACACGAGGUGGCUCAUCGGUCUGCAGGAGGCCCUCCUUCAUCCUGGACCGCGGGAAGCUUAGUCUGUUUGCAUGGUAAUGAGGCCUUCACUUCAUGUGCUUCAGUGUAGGACAUUGGUGGUCAAGAUGUCAGACAGUGAUGACGAGUCGAACGUGGUCGCAGUCGGGCAUCGUCAGGUGUUGCACUCACUCAGCCAUUACCUUCAACAUAAGAAUAUCAGACGGUGUGGGUGUGGCCGCCACUGCCCUGGGUGCGACUUUGGAAGGCUUUGCUGGUGGGCCUCCAGCAUAAUGUAGCAUUUAU